UCCAGCACAACCUGCAAGUGGAGAUGAGGAGGCGGAGACAGACAAACGGGAAAAGCCAGUCACCCCUUGCUUUGCAUACAUAGCCUCGAACUCAAAAACGCACUGUUUUCUAACUGUAAUUCAAUUCACCUACACAGGCCAAGCGAGGGACCAAUCUGUUUUCGACUUACACCGACGCCACAUCCGUCCUCCUCGUACUUGUAGUUGGAGUUGUUGUCCCGGUGGUCCCACCGUCCCUGCAGCUGCGCACGUGGUCGGUCGGCGUGGACCGGUGCUUCCUCGGGCGGAGCGCGCGUCGUCGUCGCCGCCGCCGCCGCCGUCCCUCGGCCGUGACGCGCGGGUUCCACGAGGAAGAGUCCGCAUCGUCUCUGGAACCGGACCACCAGCUCCGGGCCGUGGAGUGGGUCGGUGUACAGCAUCUGAUGUGCAUGACAGUCUGAGUUCAGUGACGUGACCAAAUGAGCGCAUCCCAUUGUCUGACAUGAUUCUAUACGUAAUUGUGGACGUGCAGAGCUGCCGUCGUCUCUGCUUCCUGCACACACCCAGACUGAAACAACAACCCCCCCCCCCCAUCCUCUGUUUUGUGGGAUGCUCUCCGGACUGACGAGCUCUCGCGUCGGAGUCACCACCAUUACAUCAUCUAUUCGCACACACAGCCGUGAGAGAGCCGCUGCCUCCUCUCCUCCUCCUCAUCCUCCUCCUCCUCUUCAUCCUCUCUCCUCCUCCUCUCUCUUCCUCUCUUCAAUAUUCCAACGGGAUCCCGAGCGGCGCCGCGGCUGCAGACGGUUCGCGCGCUCCAUCAGCAGCACCGCCCGUGUGUCCGCGUCUGACGGGCUCUCGAAUGAGCAGGGGGGGGCGAGGAGGAGGAGGAGGAGGAGGAGGAGGGGGCGAGGAGGAGAGACGCGCACCGUCAUCAGCAUCUGUCCGCCAGCUCCCUUUGUGCUGCUCACCGGAGAAUGUGAAUGGCGAAAGAUGACAUGGCGGAGGUGGAGCUGGCACCGAGCGCGGCGGACCCCCCCGGCGCGGCCCCCUCGGCGUUCCCCUACGAGGAGUACGAGUGCAAGAUCUGCUACAAUUACUUCGACCUUGACCGCCGCGCACCCAAGAUCCUCGAGUGCCUGCACACGUUCUGCGAGGAGUGCCUGAACACGCUGCACCUCCGGGAGGAGCGGCCGUGGCGCGUCAGCUGCCCCGUCUGUCGCCACCGGACCCCGGUGCCCGAUUAUCGCGUUCAGAACCUGCCCAACAACACCAAGGUGACGGAGGACUUCCCGCUCUACAUCGACUCGGACCCGCUUCCCCAGGACGCGCUGCCGCCGCACCCUCCGCCGCUGCACCCGGCCCUCGUCGCGCUCCGCCGGGAGGAGGCGUCGGGCGCGUCGGGCGCGUCGGGCGCCAGCCAGGCGACGCCGUCCACCACCGUGUCCACGGCCACGACCCUGUCGCAGGACUCGGUGCGCUACGACAGCUGCCAGAGCUGCAAGCGGGUGGCGCUGACCACCGGCUGCGUGUGCGUGAUCUUCUCCUUCCUGUCCAUGCUGGUGCUGCUGUUCAUGGGCCUGAUCUUUGUGCACAGUCACAGCAUCCCCCCCUCGCCGGCGGGACCCAUUUGCCUGUCGGUCGCCAGCAUCCUGGCCAUGUUCUCGGUGGUCGUCACGUGGCUCAUCUGCUGGCUCAAAUACCGACCGGACCACGAGACCGGCCGCUCGUCCGCCACCAGUCACUCCCGGAGAAACGCCUGACAGGCGGCGGGGCUCUCAGACCUUGUGGGGGUGGGGGUUGUGAUUCUGUACAUAAUACUGACAGCUGAUGCUCCUGCUCCCUUUACCUUUUCUAGGAAGUCAACGUCGCCCCAGAACGGCCUUUUUCGUCAGUAUAGCAAACACCCAAAGGCCUUCGUGUUGUGUUGGAGCGAUAUGGCCAACAAUCAUGAUCCUCGAUCGUCUUAGAAGUGAUGCACUUGAAUCUGCGUCUCCCUGGUGACUGAUGGGCAUCUCGGUGAGUGGACUCCAGACUCAGACGCCCUGGCGUUGGUCUGAGAUGUGCUCAUCCCCAGGGUUUGACCCCCGCGCCCCCACACUCCCUGUGUCCUGCUAAGCGAUAUGCACAUCCCUCUACGUUACUCACUGUACGAUAACUGUCCGUGAUGAUUCACCCUCGUAUCUCAACAGAAGCACUGUUGCAUUGUACAGGUAUCUGGCGACGCCUGAGUUUUCAGGAGGCUCUUUUUCUUCUUCUUCUUCUUCUUUUCUGUGAAACAUAAUCCAAACUGUAAAUAGUCCACAGUGAAGUGGUGGGUGGUCCUGGAUGGUGAAGACCUUCCCCAACCUCGUGCUUUAACCGACGCACAGAACGGCACUGGUUGUCAUUGUGAUGUCGACAAACUGCACCUCUUCAGGGCAAAGGGAUGAAAAAGAAAAGGGAAAGCUUGUGAUUUUAAACUUUUGCGCAUGUUAAGGCUACUGAAAGGUCAAGGCUUUUAGUUUUUUUCCUUUUGUGGGGGGGACGGACGUGUCCUGACUCCUGCGCCCCACCACCUCCUCUCCACUGCGUGAUCAUGAUCCAAAUCAUGCACAGGCCUCCCACCAGCUGACAGCCCCCCGCCGGGGUGUCGGCAGGGAUUUCCUCCUCCUGUCACAUCACUUACACAUCGGUAGUGGAAAAUACAGGGUUUCCAAAAGCAGAGCACCUUUUUUUUAUACUUCUAAAAACAAUGUGUCGUCGUUGUUGUUGUUGUUGUUGUUGUUGUUUUUGUUUUGCACCUGGCUUUGAAGAAAGGUCAAAGAGAUUUGAUUAGAUCCCCAUCUUCACACGUCAAGACGCGGGGAACGAGUCGAUUCUGGUUCCUCAGAGACUCUAUCGGGAGUCUGGGUUUCCUCUGGGAACUUCAAAACCCCUGUGAGCUGUGGCAGACAUUAGAAAGUGAUAGCUUACUUUACUGGCCACAGUCAAGUCCUUCAUUGACACCAUGCAAAUAUUGAACUAGACUAAACUUGAUUUAGUCUAGACAAAGCUAGACUUAGCUGCAGACAAAGUGAUGCAAUCAAAAAAGAAGGAGAAGCUAAAACCCAGGCGCCUAUAGUGAGCAGGCUUCCAUAUCACUACUAUGAACUGUUGAUAAUUCUGUUGAUAGGUGUAUGUAAUUCUUAUUUCAAUCAAUACAAUUAUUUCUAUGGAAUUCAGAUUUUUGGCAAAAAGCGACCACUUCAUUUUUGGUGCAUUUUAAAAACCCUCAUCGUUGACAAACGUGUUGUGGCCCCCGGAGCGUGUGAAUCGCUCCGAGAAGCUUCCUGACGGCAUUUAUUAAAGUAUUCUGGGAUGAUUCGGACACCAGAGUGGUUCCAGACGAGCACUCGCCCCUUGCACACUCAUGGUGUCCCCCAUUCUCAAGCCCUCAUCCUCCAUCCACCCCAAGUCUGAUUCCCAUGUUUCCUUCAAUCACCCCCCCCCCCCUAACUCCCAGAUGAUGCACUUUCCCCCCUUUAUUUGUCACAAGUAACGCGGUCGUACCUGUUGACUAUAAGCAUACUGUAUUUAUUUCAGAGGACCUAGAGGACGUUGUCGUCGUCGUCGGUUUUUACGAGACCCCGUGCUGGUGGUUGUUGUUGUCAAAGUACCAAAUGUAUUUGCACAGAGAGCUGUUCUUUAAUGUGCUGUUUUACAAACAUAAACACAUUUCGGUAAUAAAGAAAACAUGAAUAACCAUGAA